AUGACCCCUCCAUCUCCUUCACCAGCUUUACAACGGGAUCAACUCGCCAGUUUAGAUUGGGUCCAGUGUCCAACACCCAUGCCUCCUCUGAAUGGAGAAAUACUGAGCAACAAGCAGUUGUUUUAUUAUGAAGAUGAAAUAAAUGUGGAGUGUGACCAUGGCUACUACCCAGAUCCUCAGAGGACAACACUGAAAUGUGGGGUAGAACAAGGCGUUGGGAAGUGGUCAACAGAAAUGACUAAUUGUACAAAGGGCACCUGUAUGACCCCAGGUCUUACUUCUGAUCCUAAUUACAACAGAAUCUUUCCAAAUGAAAGUACAAGAGUGGAUUUUGGAUCUUUAAUUAUUAUUGAAUGCAGAUAUGGAACAAAGUACAGGAAUCUCUCCCUGUAUUGUGGAGAAAAUGGGCUAUCAACAUACAGACUUUUUGGAGAUACUUUGAGAUGUCCAGUAAUUGAAUGUGGGAUGCCAGAGCAAGUUCCAGGUGCUGAUGCAUACAGCUACUCUGAUUCACUUUUUGGCAGUUCAUUUAAUUUUAGCUGUCAGAAUGGUUCAACCCUCAGUGGAAAGUCAGUAGAUGGGGACUACAUUGUAAGAUGUCAGGAAAACAGACAGUGGGGCUUUGGGAAUCUCACAUGUACAGUUGGACGAUGCACAGACCCUGGUACACCAGGGGGUGCUGUACAGGUAGUGAGGAGUUAUGAGGUUGGGGAGCUCCUCAGGUUUAGAUGUACACGUCAGGGAUAUGAACCCGUUCCUUCUACUCCUCUUCUCUGUGUAGAGCAGGGGAGCAAAAACGCCACUUGGAAUUCCUCUGACUUACCUCUUUGCACAGAUGUUACACCACCAGAGUUUAAAAACUGUCCCAAGACAUAUUACAUUGACAGUAUGGAGACUGUAAGCUUUGUUACCCCAACUGUCACUGAUAACUCUGGACUGGUGAAGAAUGUGACUGUGGAUCCUUCCAAUUUCAAAAGUGGUACAGUGGUGUCUCGGGAUUUAAAUGUCACCUACACAGCAGUAGAUAAUGGAGGGAAUACUGCAAGAUGUACGAUCUCAUUCAUCAUUAAAGGAAAACCUGGCAGUUUUGUUGUUGCUGAUGACAAAUCAGAGCUUACAGGAAAGAAACCUCUGGAGUUAUGUAAAGAAGAAUGUCUCCAAGAUGUCCAAUGCAAAGCUUUAUUUCAUACCAAUGGUUUCUGCUACAUAAUUAAACAAGAUGCUUUUCCAGAGCUCUACACAAUUGAUACCUCUCAGUUAUUCUACAAAAUUGUGACAAACUGCAAUAUGCAAGGAAAACCUGGCAGUUUUGUUGUUGCUGGUGAUAAAUCAGAGCUUACAGGAAAGAAAAGUCUAGAUUUAUGUAAAGAAGAAUGUCUUGGAGAUGGACAAUGCAAAGCUUUAUAUCAUACCAGAGGGUUCUGCUAUAUCAUUAGACAAGAUGCUACUCCAGAGCCCUACACAAUUGAUACCGCUUCAUACUUCUAUAAAAGCUGUAUGUCCAGAUAUCAUUCUGUAGCUUGUAACUCAACACUAAAAAACUGUAGCAAUCAGAGUCAGUGUGUUUUCCAGAACCAUGAAGCAGUAUGUGUUUGUGAUGAAG